AUGCCACGAGCCGCUCGAGAGAGGCUGUCGUUACGAAACUCACAAGGCUCCACAGCUGGCUCUGAGUCAUUGAGUUCAGCUUGUGUUGAUAGAAGCUCUGUCAACAGUUUGUCUGACUCUUGUACUUGUCCUGAAUCUAUAGAAAACACAAAGCACUCACUAUCUAAACAGGAAUCAUUCCCCAGUGUAGCAGACAGAGUCCCUAAACUGUCUGCAGACAGUUCAGCAAUGUGUCCUCAUGAAGAAGAAAAGUUGGUGCUCAGGCUGGAUGAAGAUGAAGCUUCAGUCUUGGAACAGACUCAGUCCCAGUUUGCUGAACUGACUGUGGAGGAGGAUGAGAAGGAGAAGGACGAGACUGCAAGUGUGUCACGCAGUCUCCAGACAGAAGACGCAAGCACAGACAAAGAUGGUGUAACUGCAGAGAUCAAGGCACAUCUAAAAGAAGGAGUCUCUGUUGCCAUUGAGCACGUCCACAAUGACUACUCUAUGUAUGAGAAUGUUUCCAUCGACUCAGACGACUUUCGCCACGUGAUUGAGAUCUAUGACUUCCCGGUUAUGUUCAAGACCGACGACCUUCUUGAUGCUUUCUCAGAGUACAGUGAUGGUGGAAUGAAGAUCAAGUGGGUGGACAACACACACGCUUUAGGGAUUUUUUCCAGCGAGUCAGCAGCACUCCAUGCUCUCUCUAUCUGCCACCCACUGCUAAAGGCGCGAGCACUGGCUGAUGGGAGUAAAAAAGCUCAAGGCAAGGCCAUCAGACGAGCAGAGUUCAUCCAGCCAGUGAAGGAACGUCCGAGGACACACUGUGCUGUUGCUAGGCGGAUGGUAACCAGAGCCUUGGGCAUUCAGGGGCGAGGCAGAGUGCAGCGAUAUUGAGGAGUGCCAACAUCCACUACAGGUCCAGCAGAGGUCUGCCCUCCUUUCACUUCCUUUCCUUUCUCUGAAGAGACUCAAAGUGGCCAUGUUUGAAUCAGUGACCAUGCUGAGUGAUGACUGCUCACCCUCACUGAUCAGCACAGCAGGCACAGUUAAGAAGAGGCCUGAGAGUUUAAUGCCCAUGCCGCCAUCAUCAUCAUCCAUCAUGAAUGAUCUUUGAGCAGGAGCUGCUGUGCUGUAUUUGAAGCUGACCUCUGACCUUUGUACAUUACUGCGGUGGUGCCUCUUUUUCACUGUUAGCCUGACUAAUAAUGCAAUUAUCAUAGUGAUUUCAGAUGGGAGGCAUAUUUUGAUUUUAUUGCAUGCUGACUCAGAACCUGAAAUUUCUUUCAAGGGUGUUUGAUUUCCAGGCAGGUUUUUUUUUUUUUGUUUCAGAUUAAUUGGAAGGAUCCAUGGAUGGAUGGGUGUGUUUUUUUUCCCCUGUUCUCGCUCUGCUGAUGCAGGUGAUGAUUUUGUUGUGUAAUUCUACAGAAGUAUUCAUUCCUUUUUAACUUCAUUUGAAGUAUCUCAGGAUUUGGUCAGAAAAGUACAUUGUGUAUAAGAGUAAUGCAGAUCCGCUAACAAACAGAUUUCAUAAAUAAGAUAAAACACUAUUUGUUUUUUUAAUUCUAAGAUUUUAAGUUUCCGUUUCUGUUUUAAAAACACUUUUUUUUAAAGUUGUAUAAUAAUAGAUUGUUACCUGUGUAAUUAACACACAAAUACUUAAAGUAUAAAGUUCUUCACAUUACAGGAAGCUUUGGUAGGGAGCUUUGACACGUUCAGUGUUACCUGUUCCUCUAAUGUUAUGUUGGCUUGUUUUAAUGCCAUUUUUGUCACUGAUGUCUCAUCAAACAUCUCCUGUUUGUAAAAUAUCAAAAUGUCAUUGAGAAACUGUCAAAGUUUGUAUUUAGUAAAGGUUCUACAUAAAAAGGAGGCUUCCUCUGAAAUCA